GAGACGUCCAAACACGGUGUUGGCGAUUUUAUCGUCGAAAAUAGGUGCUGUGGUUCGAUAGGCGCCCUCGGCUUUCUUUGGUGGAGCAGGGAUGCGUGCCCCCACGUUCCGGUCGCGUGGUGGGGCGUACCCCGCGUCUUUGGCUUUUGAAAAUGGGUGUUCCGCUGCGGGAUGCACUGGUGGGUCCUUCUGGCGCGUUGCUGCAGGUCCCGGUGCGUUUUUAUCGAUUCCCGGGGCGCUCGUUGCUGACGAAUUCGGGCGGACGGUCUGUUCGGGCUCCUCGACUGGUUCGGACAAACGCCCCGCACCUAGGGCUGCGCGCGCUUGUGCCCUGCGUGAAGCUCGACGCGAUUUUCGGUCCGGAAUUGGAGCUGAGGAAAUGCGUGGAGAUUUCAGCUGUAUUCUGCGACGCCGCCAUUUGUCCUGGGUUCUGGCGAUGCCAUUCUUCGAUCCGUGCACGCAGAUUGGUGCCCAUGACACGCCGGGGAACGUAUGAGCCGCUGGGCAGGACCACCUGGCCCUCGACGUUUCGUUUGCACUUUCCAGCCUGUGUAUCUUCGUCAACACGCGGGCAACGGAUGAUAAAAUGCCCCGAUUCGCCGCAAUAGCUGCAGUUUAGGUCUCGUGGCGUAUUCUGGACUGAAGAUGGCGCUCCCGUGCUCACUGGCCGGCUCUGCUGGGCGGCGACUGCUUGCGCCGUGACUGCUGCUUGUGCGGUUCUUGUUUGACUGCCACGGGUUUCGGCGAUGCCGUGUUUGAGAUGGCUGAUCCAUGCGAGGAGUCUGCGAGGACGAACUCCAUGGCUUCGUUCAUGUCUGUGAGGUCGUAGGGGUCGUCUGGGUGCACAUCAGGCUUCUUGAUUUGUAGUCGCUGGUGGACUCGGCUCCAAAGGCUCGGCGGCGAGAUUGCUCGACGAAAGGCUUGAGAUUGUUCUGCGGUGGAUAGUCGGGCCUUGUCCACGAGGAAUUUGGUAAUGACCAAAAACUUCCGAUAGAAUUCGCUGUAGUCGGAACGAGACAAGAUCCCGACACUUGCGUAUUCCCCAAUAAGGGUGUGUAGAUCUGAAAGCGUGUACCGGCGAUCGGCAUCCGUGCCUGGGUAAAGUUUCAAGACGUCAGCUUUGAACGAUGCGUAGGAGUGGGGCGCAAGGAAAGAGUCCAGCGACUCCCAAAUCUCCUGGUCGUCCACUGAAAGGUAGCGUGUCGCGUGAGUCUUCUUUUCUUGUUCUGCCGUGACGCCUGCCAGAGAGAAAUGAAACUCCAGGUCGGUGAAGAAACGCAGCAGCUGUCGUGGCUGCUUAGCGUCGAACUCGGGGGCGCCUCGGGCGCCCCGUGCUGGCAUAUUGGUGUUGGUAGCCAUUGGUGCGUUUAUCAGAGGCGGUGUGACGGGUCGGAGACGAAACGGAUCAGGGCUCGAUGAGGUCGAUGGUGUAGACUGAGGCGAAUGGGAUGAUCUCGAAGAGAACGAUGGCGUGAUGCGAAAUCGGGCAAGCGUCGGUGAAUCUGGAUCAACUAGAUCCAGGUGGUGAUGAUGCGAAAGGUGAUGAGGUACCGGGACCAGUAGAUCGUCUGAAGACGAAUCGCUGUGUCUCGAGGUGUCGGUGAGAUCAAGAGGAUUCUGCGCGAGGGCACGGAACUCGAGUCGAAGAUUCCGGCGAGCGUUAGGUCGAAGUCUGCGAGGUGAGUCUGACGCAAUGAUGGACAGAAAAACCCCCUCGCGGUGGGCUCCAAAAUGACGCGCCUACGGCGCUCCUGGGCUCAGA